ACAAGAAUACUAAUCAUUGUGCGAGCUUUUAAAUAUAGUUAAACAUAUUCCAAAAUUAGAUUAAACUAAUCCAGUCCAGGCUUUUAAAUAUAGUUAAGAAAUACUACUAAAAAUUUACAACUAGCGCCGGCUUUAAUUAAUCGACAUUAAGGACCCAUGAAAGCAGCCUUCACCAAUCACAGAAUACACGUGUAAAAAGACUAAUUUAUUAUUUUUCACCUAGCAAGACUAAUUAAAUCACCAACCUAAAUGGUGUCACAAUAUUUGCUUAAUAUUGAUGUUAACUAUCUUCUCUUUUUCGUCCAUUGUAAGACACCUGUCAUAAAAUUUGUUAAAGUGGUCACCGACACAGCAAAUAAUGUUUGGAAACAGACAUGAGACACGAAACAUCUUAGUACUUCCAUCAUUUUCCUCGAUACUAUAACAGUUAAUGGCCCCCCAAAAAGCGUUUUUAUUUUUCUAGCCCUCAUUUUCAUUUUCUUCUUUACCCUUAUAAGUUUUGGCUUCAUGCUUCCCUUCUAAUUUUGCUGCUAGUUUAGGUAAAAUUUUCCCUAAGUUGGAAUAUAUAUAUAAAGCUCUAAAACUGUUUGUUUCUUUCCCUGAAGAUUCGCUUCAUAUUUCAGUUAAGUCCCUUUUACAUCUUGAUUUUCUCCAUCUGUUGACGUGCUAAACCCCCCGCAAUUCACUGAUUUCUCUCUCUGAUAAGUUUAUGACUACUACUAGUCCCUUUUUUUUUCUUGGGAAAUAUAGCACUAUUUUAGUUUUUUAUUCUUUAGUUUUUUUGGGUGUUUUUUGAACUUGGGUUUUAGGGUUGUUGUUGUGCUUGAGAUUUAGCACCAUUUUAGUUGAUUCUUGAGAUUUUCUGAAGUGGGGUUUUAGGGUGGUAGUAAAGAUUCUGCCUUUUUCAUCAUUUAUGAGAUAAAAGGUUGAAUUUUGGUGUUUUAUGUGAGUAUAAUAUAAUAUAAUAUAAUAUAAUCUGAUGAGGCGCCGGUCCCCCACGUCCCAAUCUUCAGAUGAUUCAAUGGAGAAGGGACAAGGCAAAAAUCAUCACCCUAGGGUUUGGUUAUUAGCUUCAUUAUCAGGUUUGUUUUGGUUCUUGUUGUUGUAUUUCCAUUUUGUGGUUCUUGGGGAUAAUCAUGCACACAAUUCACCUAGUUUGGAUCCACUUUCUCUCAAUUCGCAAUCAAUCAGUACCCCUCAAUAUGUUCCCAUUAAUCGUCCUAUCAAGCUUCGUCGUGCUAAGAUUGAAAUUCAUCGUGAGUUAGCACGUCCCAAUGCAUCCUUGAGCAAUGCACAACCACCUAAUAAUUCUCGUCGUGAUCCUGCUGAGAGUUACCCUUUUAUGAGAGCAUUGAGAACUGUAGAGAAUAAAAGCGAUCCCUGUGGUGGAAGGUACAUUUAUGUGCACGACCUUCCUCCAAGAUUCAAUGAAGAUAUGCUUAAGGAGUGUAAAAGUCUUAGUCUUUGGACCAAUAUGUGUAAGUUUACCACUAAUGCUGGGCUUGGCCCACAAAUGGAGAAUGCUGAAGGUGUGUUCUCCAAUACUGGUUGGUAUGCAACCAAUCAGUUUGCGGUGGAUGUCAUUUUUGGCAACCGGAUGAAACAGUACGAGUGCCUCACGAACGAUUCCUCCCUGGCUGCUGCUAUUUUUGUGCCUUUUUACGCAGGUUUUGACAUUGCUAGGUAUCUUUGGGGUUACAAUAUAUCUAUGAGGGAUGCUGCUUCUCUUGAUUUGGUUGAUUGGCUACAAAAGAGGCCAGAGUGGAGUAUCAUGGGGGGAAAAGAUCACUUUCUUGUAGCUGGUAGGAUAACAUGGGAUUUCAGAAGAUUGAGCGAUUCAAAUUCGGACUGGGGCAACAAGCUUCUUUUCUUACCCGCUGCAAAGAAUAUGUCGAUGCUCGUUGUUGAAUCAAGCCCAUGGAACGCAAAUGAUUUUGGUAUCCCAUAUCCGACAUAUUUCCAUCCAGCAAAGGAUGCAGAAGUGUUCAGUUGGCAGGACCGGAUGAGGAAGCUGGAGAGGAAGUGGCUUUUCUGUUUUGCUGGUGCACCACGUCCCGGAAACUCUAAAUCGAUCAGGGGGCAGAUCAUUAACCAAUGCAAGGAAUCUAAAGUCUGCAAGUUAUUGGAAUGUGGUCAAACAGCGGAGAGCAAAUGUCAUUCUCCCGGCAGUAUAAUGCAGAUGUUUCAGAGCUCCCUUUUCUGCCUGCAGCCUCAGGGAGAUUCAUAUACAAGGAGGUCGGCUUUUGAUGCUAUGUUGGCUGGUUGUAUACCUGUCUUUUUCCACCCGGCUUCUGCCUACACGCAGUAUACAUGGCAUCUCCCGAAAAACUACUCAGCCUUCUCUGUUUUGAUUUCUGAGAAUGAUGUUCGU